GUGGGACCAUAUAUCCAUACAUGUGAUAGAAGAAAACGAAUCUGAAAUCUUGAAAACCCGCCAGAGUAAACCAAAUAACAAAACAGAGAAACAGAGUUUCAGUGUAACUGCAAAAACCGCAAGAAAAAAGCGUCUGCCACCUUCAACGCACCACCCACCGAACCGAACCCGUUUCUGGGUUCAAGUUGAUGGAACGGAUUAUCAAUGAACAUCAAAAUAUAUCUUUCCUCUAAGUUAAUCGAGAAGUGCGCGUUUUGUGAUUUGUAUGGUUUAGUCGAAGACCUGCGCGACGAAAUACGGUUUACCGUGCUUGCCAAUGUGCCACUUCCGGCCUACUGCGAACCGAUCGGAAAAAUAUGCAGUGUCAGCGACUACACAGAGUUUCGAGCCUCGCAGAAUGAUAGAACAUUGCGGGAACAGCUGGCCAGGGAAGACAACUUCCUUCGACUGGUUAUAUCCAAAAGUGGCCGCAUUAAGCAUGUGAUGGCCAAGGUUAAGGGCGUGACGAUCGAGUCACUAAAUAAGCUGCUUAUUAUCUACGACGAUCGGGGGUUUGAUAAUCUGGCCGAGAACGAUCUCAACGCCGCCGACUGCGAUAACGACAUUCUGCACUUGGCCCGGCUCAUUAAAGCAACCAAAGUGGAACCGGCGAGCGCAGGAGAGAAGCUACAAGCGCUAGCCGAGCUUGCCGCCAUAAGGUGGACGACCAGCUUGCUUCGUCCCUUCGGCAGAGCUUUAGGCUUUAUGUUUCGGAAAACGGCGCUCUAUUAUCACCUUAAGGAGUGGAGCGAAUGCAUCCAGCACAAAGGGGCUAACGCUGCUAAGUGGACACUCCUGAUGGACAUCAGUCUCGGUAUUGCUGUAUUGAGCCUUAUUCUUUGCUUCGGAAACCCCGGCACUAGAUUUAUGGAAUUCGCUGAGGUGGUCGUGGACAAUUUGUUGCGGUUGCUUCAAACGCUGCGAGGAAACCCGAUCGGAUUGAAGCUAAAUGGUUCGCUAAAUGAAUUUUUCUUCAGCUGCUUCAGCUAUCAAGUCGAUCUUUGGUGGAUGUUUCUAAUAAUACUUUCACCAGCGAUUCAAUUCCUGUUUAUACCGCUCUCGAUGCUGGGGCUUUUCGGGCUAUCGUUCCAGGCGGCCAUGCUUUCCGAUUUGAUAAUUUUGAUCAGUUUGCAUGCGCACUGCUUUUAUAUCUACGUAGCUGUGCUCUAUCGCAUCGAAGUAGGCGGAAUCGGAUCGCUCUGUCGUACGGUUUUGGGAAAGAAGCGAAACGUGCUGCGGGACCGUGUUGAAGUCCAUGAUUAUAUGAAUCGGCAACUUUUUCUUGCCACGCUGUCGUUCACCGUUCUGCUCUUCCUGCUGCCAACCAUUUUGUUUUACUACACAGUAUUCGCCUCGCUCCGCUUUGCGAUCUACUGCUUAUCAUACGGUUUAAUGACGCUGCGCCGCACGAUUCUACGCUUUCCGUUCGACGCAAUGAUCCGGUGGCUUCAAGGAAAGUAUACCAAUCUGGAUAGUUUGGAGAUAUACAACAUUGGGGCGAUAGCAAAGGAAAACGUGACGAUAACAUACGUGGCACCGCGUCCGGCCACGUUCUGGUUUCGGGACACGGGCAGCGACUUUCCGCGUUGGGUUCCCAGACAUCGAGCCAACAUUACAAUUGGUCAGUUUUUUUUUAGCCUUAUCAAGGGAGAACUAGUGGCAUUCAUACAGCCUGAUGAGUGGGCCGAUCGGCGACCCAUAUCCGAGGAGACGCUAUAAGUAACGGAUUUGUUAUUGA